UUGUUGCCGGCUCUGACUCGGGGCGGCCGCGGCGCGCGGAGCUCCGGGGAGCCGGGGGCAGCCGCGCAGCCACAACGGAGCAGCCGCGGGACUGGCCGCCCCGCGCCCCCUUCGCCGCCGUGCCGUUCCCCGGCGCGCUCACCCCGUUCUCGGGAUGGGAUUGUAGCGGCGGCGCGGACUCGGCGGCGGCGGCGGCGGCGGAGGCCGAGCGGGGCUCCAUGUUUUCCCCCGGCCAGGAGGAGCCCAGCGCCCCCAAUAAAGAGCCCGUGAAAUACGGAGAGCUGGUGGUCUUGGGGUAUAAUGGUGCACUACCUAAUGGAGACAGAGGACGGAGGAAAAGUAGAUUUGCCCUCUUUAAGCGGCCCAAGGCUAACGGUGUAAAACCCAGCACAGUCCAUGUGAUCUCCACACCCCAGGCAUCCAAGGCCAUCAGCUGCAAAGGUCAGCACAAUUCCUAUACUUUGUCAAGAAAUCAGACUGUGGUGGUCGAGUACACGCAUGAUAAAGACACGGAUAUGUUUCAGGUGGGCCGAUCAACGGAGAGCCCCAUUGACUUCGUUGUUACAGAUACCAUCUCUGGCAGCCAGAACAAUGAGGAGGCCCAAAUCACUCAAAGCACUAUAUCCAGGUUUGCCUGCAGGAUUGUGUGUGACAGAAAUGAACCAUACACGGCACGGAUAUUUGCAGCAGGCUUUGACUCCUCCAAAAACAUAUUUCUUGGAGAAAAGGCAGCAAAGUGGAAAAACCCUGAUGGCCACAUGGAUGGGCUUACUACCAAUGGUGUACUGGUGAUGCAUCCCCGAGGGGGCUUCACCGAGGAGUCCCAGCCUGGGGUCUGGCGUGAGAUCUCCGUCUGUGGAGAUGUGUACACCUUGCGGGAAACCAGGUCGGCCCAACAGCGGGGAAAGCUGGUGGAAAGUGAGACCAAUGUCCUUCAGGACGGCUCCCUCAUUGACCUGUGCGGGGCCACUCUUCUCUGGAGAACCGCAGAUGGCCUUUUUCACACUCCAACUCAGAAACACAUCGAAGCCCUCCGGCAGGAGAUCAACGCUGCCCGGCCCCAGUGCCCCGUGGGGCUCAACACCCUGGCCUUCCCCAGCAUCAACAGAAAAGAGGUGGUGGAGGAGAAGCAGCCCUGGGCGUACCUCAGCUGCGGCCACGUGCACGGCUACCACAACUGGGGCCAUCGGAGCGAUACAGAGGCCAAUGAGCGGGAGUGCCCCAUGUGCAGGACUGUGGGCCCCUAUGUGCCUCUCUGGCUUGGCUGUGAGGCAGGAUUUUACGUAGACGCAGGACCACCCACCCACGCUUUCACGCCUUGUGGACACGUGUGCUCAGAGAAGUCUGCAAAAUACUGGUCUCAGAUCCCGCUGCCUCAUGGAACUCACGCGUUUCAUGCCGCCUGCCCAUUCUGUGCCACGCAGCUGGUCGGCGAGCAGAACUGCAUCAAACUGAUUUUCCAAGGUCCCGUUGACUGACGCCCGACAGCCAACUUUGAGGUCAUUAACAAGUUACUGUGAAGAUUUUGCCACUAACUCUAGAUUCUACCUUUUGUAAUGCUGUUUAUUAAGGGGAGGGCGAACUGGGGCUGGGGGACAAAAGAGGGCGCACGGUGAAGAAUCAUAGCAGGAGUUUAACAGAUACCAGUGGUGUGUUGCAUGCUCCAAACAGUGACAUCGUCAUCAAAGCCUGCUUGAUUAAACCAUCAGAUCUGUGUAAUAAUUGGAUUUCAACUGCCAUGUUUUUUUUA